AUGGAGGAACUAAAGAAUAUCAUACACGCAAACCAUUUUAUUAUGGCAUUGGUCAAGCUGUUUCUAUUAACUUCAGUGCAGCAGCCUAUUCAAGCACUAUCACCACUUCAAGAUCAGUUCUCUUUUGUAUCCAUAUGGAAUGCUCCAACAGAACUCUGUGCAAAAAAAUUUAAUAUCAAUGUUGAUUUGAGUUUGUUUGAGAUUAUAGGAAGUACACUACGGUCUGCGAAAGAUCAGAACAUCACUAUAUUCUACAGUGACAGACUGGGUUAUUAUCCAUCAAUAAAUCCUGAAACAGGAAAUGUUUAUAAUGGAGGUAUUCCACAAAUGACAAAUAUGCAUCAACAUUUAAAGAAGGCCCAGGAGGAUAUUACAAGUUAUAUACCAUCCGUUACACAGUCUGGCUUGGCGGUGAUAGAUUGGGAGGAUUGGAGGCCUACAUGGAUCAGAAACUGGGCCUUUAAAGAUAUAUAUAGGCGACAUUCCAUAGAAUUUGCUUUGCAACAAGAUUUAGAGCUCCCUGAAAGAAAUUUGAAAUCAGUUGCUAAAAGACAAUUUGAACAGGCAGCAAAGAACUUAAUGCUAAGCACUUUACGACUUGGGAAGUCUCUUAGACCGCAAUAUUUGUGGGGAUUCUACUUAUUUCCUAACUGCCAAAACUAUGACUACAAAGCGAACAGACACAGUUAUUCUGGUCAUUGCCCAGGGAUUGAGAAAAUGAGAAAUGAUGGACUCUACUGGCUAUGGAAAGAAAGUACAGCACUUUUUCCAAAUAUGUACCUGGAAUCCGCUUUAAAGUCAUCAAGAAAAGCAGCACUUUUUGUUCGCAAUCGAAUCAAAGAAGCAAAACGAGUUUCUAGAUUAUCAAACUCUUCAUCUACUCUGCCAGUAUAUAUGUACAGCCGUCCUGUAUUUACAGAUAACACACAGGAGUAUCUAUCUGAGGUCGAUCUGGUGCACACGAUUGGAGAGAGUGUGUCGUUGGGGACCACUGGAUUUAUAGUGUGGGGAAAUCUGAACUUAACUCGGAGCAGGGACACAUGUACACAUUUAAACAACUUCCUUGUAAACACCAUGAAUCCAUACAUUAUAAAUGUAACAUUGGCAUCUAAGCUUUGCAGUGCGGCACUAUGUCAAAACAAUGGUGUGUGCAUACGGAAACACUGGAACUCAGACUCUUAUCUCCACCUUAAUAACAUGCAUCUGUCAAUAGAGCAAAAGGAAGGAAAAUAUUCUGUUAUAGGAAAGCCAACAAAGGAAGAUCUGAAUUAUUUUGUUGAAAACUUUGAGUGUCAUUGUUACUCAGGAAGAAAAUGUAAAGCUCCUAUUGAUGUGAGACACAUUAGUAAAACACAAGUGUGUUUAAGACCCAAUAUCUGCUUAAAACACCACUUUAUAUAG